AUGACGGACUCAAAGGAAAUUUCUCCAAAUCAACCCUAAGCAGUAAGUAAAAACAUCAUACCGAAACCUUACUGCAUCUGUGACUGUAAUAAAUAUGCCUUUAACCUUUUGCUGAAAGUGUGCUUUGUUUUUAGCGUACGAAUAGGAGGUGGCAAGUUAUUCCAGCACUUUGAAGCUGAGUAAUUAAAAGAACCCCGGAAAGCAGUAGAAUGAUGUUUCGGCGUCUGUAUCAUAUAAGAGGAAGCUCUGGUACUAUAUUUAUUUUUAUCCUUAGCCCAGGUAAUUCUAGAGUAAAGAUAUUCAGUUAUUUUAGUAUGUAUAAUAUCAAAUAACAGUGUAACAGUGUGUGCUGGUCUUACUACUAACCAGCUCACUGCUCUACGGCUAGCUGAAAACCUGGAGUGGACCUGUUCUGACUGCUCAGUGGGUGGGAGCAGGAAGAGUGCUUUUGAUUUUAAAGAAGAUGAUGAUAAAGACGAAGAACUGGAGGACCCAAAAGAAAUGUGUUCAAUUGAUACUAAGAAAUUUCUGAAGGAGAUGUCUAAAGAAAUUGAUAAAUUAUUAAAACGAGAAUUAAGCGAAACCAAGAAAUCUCUUCAAUUCAUGAGUGAUAAACUGGAUAAAUGCAAAGAGCUAGAAAAAAAAAAAAACAUAAAUCAUGCAAACAAAAAUACCGAAGCGAUAGAACAGCGAAUAAACGAAACUGCCCAAGAACGUAUUCUGUUAGAUAUUGAAAUUACCGGUUUACCACAAAGAGACGAUGAAAACAUUCGAAAGACGGCAGGAACAAUAGUGAACAUACUGCCCUUAGACCGCCGAAUAACUAACAAUAUUUUCAACGACGAUGCAUAUGAUUCCUCAACAUCAUCGAGUUCUUCAUGUUCGUCUUCAUCAUCAAGUAUCGCGACAGUAAAACAUAUAUCAUCAGCUCCACCGGUUAUUACUGAACCGGAGCCCGGUCCAUCAUCAGCUCUACAGGGAAAGGGAAAGAGAAAACAUGAAGAAAGCGAUACUAAGAGAAAACUGAAAAGAUCCAAGGAAGACAUUAAAUUGAUUGAUCCCUUGAAAGACAUUGUGGGGGUUGGUAAAAUGGAGAAAAAUAAAGAGACGAGAGCCAAAAAGAAAAAAAAAUUGAAAGAGAAAAAGAGUGCACAAUUAACCACAGCCAAAGAUAUCCUCGGCGAUGAUAGUGAUGGUGUAAUAGAUAGAACCUAUGAUACAGACGAUCUUACAUCAUAUAGUAUAUACCGACGCGUUGCAAACGGGUACACUAAGCAGUACAAAAAUAAUCAGAAACGAACACAUUAUAUAGAUUUAAAAAAAUAUAUGUGUCAAGAAUUGAUGAUUAAACGAACUUACCUGUAUGUGAAGUUCAAUCACAAUUAUACGAGGGCUUCAUCCGAAGAGAUUAGAGAACCAUUGUAGUUUCGCAUAGCGGCUAGCUAGUCUAACACUAUAGUUAAAAAAAAAAUUACAAAUUAA